AUGGAUAAUUACAUGAGUGAUGAAGACACAGAUGAUGACUUUGAUACCCAGCUCAUCAUUCAACAAAGUUUACAGGAUAUCCACAAGCCAGGAGUAACACAGCAGGCACCUGAGGAAGAGAGCUUCCAUUCCUUCUUGAGCACUGGCUAUAAGAAGAUAGUUGAAACAAUAGAGACAGUUAAGUAUUCUUCCUAUGAAGAGGCAUUGUCACAAUUGACCAAGUAUCAUUCUGCUUUUGAAGAAGCAGAUGGGGCAGGCUGGCUUCCGCUGCAUAAGGCUGCAGUGCAAUUAAAAAAGAAGAUUUUAGAAAUAACCCUGAAAGCUUCAAAACCCAGUGUGUGGGAGCAGACUACCCAUAGUGGUGAAACACCACUUUUUUUGGCUGUCAGCAAUUGCCUGCUAGAAAAUGCCAAUUUUCUUCUCCUCAAUGGCUGUGAUCCAAAUGCCAAGAAUUUUGAAGGCAACUCUCCCCUUCUUACAGCAGUUCUACAGGACUCCUAUGAAAUGGCUGCCUUGCUGAUCAGCCACGGGGCAGAUGUCAAUCUUCGGUGUGCCAACAUGAGGACAGCUCUCCAUGAAGCAGCCAAACUGGGAAGACAGGACAUGGUGACGCUCAUGCUGAUUUCUGGGGCACACCCUGACCCCCACAGUUCCUAUGGAUUCACUCCUCUCGCUCUGGCUGCCCAAAAUGGACACACUGAAAUCAUGAAAAUAUUACUACAGAAAGGAGCCAAUGCUCUUGGUCAGGCCUCUGACUGUUCUUCAGUUUUACUCGAAGCUGCAAGAGGAGGAAAUCCAGACUCUGUGACUCUCUUGCUGGAGUAUGGAGCAGACGCCAACAUCCCUAAGAAUUCGGGCCACCUGCCCAUUCAUGUGGCAGCUGACAGAGGCCACCUGUGCGUGUUAAAGAUUUUGGUUCCAAUUACGGAUCUGACUGCCAUUAAGCGGAGUGGCAUCAGCCCCGUUCACUGUGCAGCAGCAGGAGCACACCCAGAAUGCCUCGAACUUCUCAUACAAGCUGGGUUUGAUGUCAAUUUCAUGCUAGACCAGAGAAUUCGCAAACACUAUGAUGACCACAGGAAGUCAGCUUUGUAUUUUGCUGUAUCAAACGGUGACCUCUCUUCUGUUAAGCUGCUUCUGAGUGCUGGUGCUCUUCCUAAUCAAGACCCAGUUAACUGCCUCCAGAUAGCCCUAAGGAUGGGCAACUAUGAGCUGAUAAAUCUGCUGCUAAGGCAUGGAGCCAACGUCAAUUACUUCUGCAGAGUCAACCCUUUACAUUUCCCAUCAGCACUGCAGUAUACACUGAAAGAUGAAGUCAUGCUCAGGAUGCUGUUAAAUUAUGGGUAUGACAUACAACGAUGCUUUGAUUGUCCCCAUGGGGAUAAAGCGCAUCCUUUCUACACCUUUGAAGGCUGGACAUCUACAGUCAUCAAAGAUACUAUGUUCUGUGAAGUAAUAACUUUGUCAUGGCUGCAACAUCUCUCUGGAAAGGUUGUCCGAGUGAUGCUUGAUUAUGUUGAUCAAGUUCGUAUCUGUUCAAAGUUGAAAGCUGUGCUCCAAAAGCAGGGACUUUGGUCAGAAAUCUGUUUUAUCUUGACAAACCCUCGCUCUUUAAAGCAUUUGUGCCGUCUAAAGAUCCGUAAGUGUAUGGGCCGUUUACACUUGCGCUGCCCUGUUUUCAUGUCAUUUCUUCCACUGCCCAAUCGUCUAAAAGCAUAUAUCCUUUACAAAGAAUACGACCUUCAUGGACAAGGAAUAUCCACAGGAACUUGGUAACAAACUUACAGAUGAAAGGUAA